AUCGAUGACCAUAACAAAACGCCUACACUUACGAAGGGUUCAAAACUUUUUUUUUUCAAUUUUCAGACUCAAAUUCUUAGUGUCAUAUAAUUAUUAUCAAACUACUAGUUAUCUACAGUGAAUUUAGAAUUAUCAAUGCAACCGUAUCAGUCGAAUACAGUGCUAGCGUGCCAUAGCUGUUGACCAUGAGAAAGUUUCACCGUUUUCUAGCCUUCACCGUGGCCUUGCUCAUCCUGUACCUGGUAUAUCGUUAUUCCUUUAAAACCGACAGUGAAGAAAACUAUUUGUUUUUGAAACCACUGGACACUGGCGCCGGCACGGGUCUGGCUGGAAGGGGAUUCCUAACACUGCUUCAACCCGACGAACCGAAAGAUAUUCCAACAAAGCAAACAGCAGAUCCGAACAGACUGAUCGAUUUGACUGACUUUCGGUACAGAAUUGAAAACGAUAUUUGCAAGGAAAAUGGCAGCUUUUCGGAGUUAUUAGGUGUCAUUCUAGUCACGUCGUACGUCGGUCAUGACUCGCUCCGUUCUGCACACCGACAGGCCAUUUCGCAGCAGAAACUCAUAUCGAUGGGAAUGUUAAGGAUUUUCUCACUGGCAAGCAUUCCCGCGAAGGAAAAGUUUAUAACACAAACUGCCAUCGAACACGAGCAAAAACUGUUCGGAGAUAUCAUUCAAGGGGAGUUCACUGAAGCCUACAGGAAUUUAAGCUACAAGCAUAUAAUGAACCUUAAAUGGGGUACUGAACAUUGUACAAGAGCUAAAUUUCUGGUGAAAAUGGACGACGAUAUCGUAUUCGAUCCGUUCUAUAUUCAGAACCACUUAUCGGAUUUGGACCAACAGAACAGAAAGCAACUGUUGGCUGGUUUUACGUUCACCAAUAAAAAGGUUAUUCGGAUUGAAGCGAACAAAUGGUUCGUGUCUAAGAGGGAGUUUAGCCGUGAUGUCUACCCAUCGUACCUGUCCGGAUGGUUGUACAUUACCAAUCAACCGACGGCCCGUCAACUGGUGCUACAAUCGGAACAGGUUCCGUUUUUCUGGAUCGAUGACACAUACGUCACCGGAAUUCUGGCGGAACGUGCUCGCAUUACGCUCACCAAUCUCAACCGGUGGUUCAGUGCCAACUCGGAGUUUCUGGACUGUUGCAUUCGGGACAUGAAGCGCUAUUCGUACCAGUGUGACUAUUAUGUCGGCCCGAACGGGGGUAACAACAAUCUGAUAGUGGACUUUGUCCAGGAACUGGAACGAUGCUACGACAAUGCUUGCUACCAGCGGCCUAACGGGAAACCCCUGACGAAAACUUGCGUUGCUGAGUACAAACAGAAUGUUCAGGAUAAUGGCAAUCCGCAGGUCAGUCGGAUGCGACUCAGGUAAACCCCAUUGGACUGGAUGUUAUGUGUAAGUGUUUUUUGUAGUACUUGAAAUAAUAGUGGUGUGACCCUACCUAGAAUGAACAAGCAAAACCGUCCAAAAAUUGGUGGAAACAGUGGAGGUGCAGAGAGAAAAACUUGAUGAGGACGUCAUAUAAAAAAUUGAUGUUUAGUUUCCUGUUAAUGUUAUCAAUGUAUUUCAAUAAGCAUUUGUCCUACCAGGUCUACGGGAAAUUUCAAUACUACCUCUCUACGCACCAGCUGUUUGCAGCCUUACAGUUAAU